AUGAACGGCCAAGUACCCACAAUAGUUGUUCUUAAGGAAGGAACCGAUACUUCUCAAGGUCGAGGCCAGAUAAUCACCAAUAUUAAUGCCUGUAUCGCAAUUCAGGAGUCUUUGAAGCCUACACUGGGUCCUCUUGGAUCUGAUGUCCUGAUUGUUGGAGCGGAUGGCAAGACCACUAUAUCUAACGAUGGGGCAACCAUCUUGAAACUCUUAGACGUUAUCCACCCCGCAGCAAAGAUUUUGGUUGAUAUAUCAAGAUCUCAAGAUGCUGAGGUUGGUGAUGGUACCACCUCUGUCACUUUACUUGCUGGUGAAAUACUUAAAGAGUGCAAGGGUUUCAUAGAAGAAGGAAUAUCUACCACAGUGAUUUGUAAGGGCCUUAGAAAAGCUUCUCAAUUGGCCGUCAAGAAUAUCAAAGAACUUCAAGUCGAGGUAAGCUCCAAAGGGGGUGCAAACAGAGAGCUUUUAGAGAACUGUGCCAAGACGGCUAUGUCUUCCAAGUUAAUUCACAAUAAUGACGAAUUUUUUACCAAGAUGGUGGUCGACGCUGUGUUGACUUUAGACCAGGAGUAUCUGGACGAGAAACUGAUUGGUAUCAAGAGAAUUCCUGGUGGUUCUAUGGAAGAUUCUUUGUUUGUCAACGGUGUUGCGUUCAAGAAAACGUUCUCGUACGCCGGUUUUGAACAACAACCAAAGCAGUUCACUAACCCAAAAAUUCUGAACCUAAAUGUUGAGUUGGAAUUGAAAGCUGAAAAAGACAAUGCCGAAGUUAGAAUUGAACAAGUUAAAGAUUACCAAAAUAUCGUUGACGCUGAAUGGAAAAUUAUAACCCAGAAGUUGGAGGCCAUUGAAGCUUCGGGUGCCAACAUUGUUUUAUCUAAACUACCAAUUGGUGAUUUGGCAACGCAAUAUUUUGCUGAUAGAAAUAUUUUCUGUGCAGGGAGAGUGGCCUCUGGAGAUUUAGAUAGAGUCAUUCAGGCUGUUGGAGGUUCCAUUCAAACUACUACCAGUGAUAUAUUACCAGAGCAUCUCGGAACUUGUGCGUCAUUUGAGGAAGUCCAAAUUGGUGGAGAACGUUACAACAUAUUCAAAGGAUGUCCUGAAGCUAAGACGUGCACUUUGUUACUGAGAGGUGGAGCCGAGCAAGUAAUAGCUGAAGUCGAAAGAUCGUUACAUGAUGCUAUCAUGAUUGUUAGAAGAGCUGUAAAGAACACUGCAAUUGUUGCUGGUGGUGGUGCUAUUGAGAUGGAGUUAUCGAAAAUAUUAAGAGAGUACUCCAGAACAAUUCCAGGAAAACAGCAAUUAAUCAUUGGAGCAUUCGCAAAAGCACUGGAGGUCAUCCCUCGUCAAUUGUGUGACAACGGUGGAUUCGACGGUACAGACCUAUUAAACAAGCUACGUGCUGCUCACGCUAAAGGUGAGGUAUGGUAUGGAGUAGAUUUCCGAAACGGUGGAAUCAAUGAUAACUUGAAGAGCUUUGUUUGGGAACCAUCCAUGAUGAAGAUCAACGCCAUUCAAUCAGCCACCGAGGCUGCUAUGUUGAUUCUAUCUGUGGAUGAGACAAUUAAGAACGAGGAGAGGGCCUCGGCAGGAGCAGCAGCUGCCGCCCAGGGUGCCAGGGGUAGAAAUAUCCCCCAAUGA